GGGGUACCGUACACCUAAGAAAAGAUAACUCUUACUGAAAUUCUGAAUUAACUUACAUCAAUAUAGCGUUUUAAAAUACGCCUCAUAUUACACGCGUUUUAUUGACCUUGAAUAGUUGUUUACCUGUUGAUAUGAAGCAGACGAUACAUCAAUGUUAUAAUAGAACAGCGUAAACGUGAUCCGUUUGGUAAAUUUUCGAGGUCUAAAUCUGCCGAUAAGAAAUCAAAUCGUUCAGAUUACUUCAAAUGGUUAAAUGAUGGCAGGAAAUUGGAAGAUUCUCCGCAAGUCGGCUUGCGUAAUGAUCAUGGCAAUUACGUAUACGAGUUUCUUGAUGUUGGGGCCGAGGCUGAAUUGGAAGAUGAUAACAAGUCUGAUGUGUCAAAAUCUUGGACAAUGGGGAGAAGAAUUGUUGAGUUGAAUGUCCUAGCAAAAGGAAUGUAUUGCUGCACUUGCAAGUGUCCGCUUCACCUGUCAAAUAUUGUAGGAGAACGAUUGUUUGGGCUAGGUGGUCUAAAGAUGGUGGAUUGUGAACUGUGUCAUACUGUAACUGAUGUCCAGUUUGGGAAGAGGGGGCCAUCUGGAAGUUAUGACAUCAACACAAAAGCUUCCAUAGGAAUGAUACAUGCAGGGAUGGGCCCAACUCAUCUGCAGAACUUUCUAGCAGAAUGUAACCUGCCAUCCAUUACAGAGAGCACAUUAAGGAAAAAAGAGAAAGAAUUAAGUGGACAGAUUAAAAAUGUAACAAUCCAGUCGUGCAAUAUGGUACAAAGAGAGGAAAAGUCACUCAGCACAAAUGGCAAUAUUGACGCAAGUUUUGACGGUGGCUGGCAAAAGAGAGGCUCCGGUUGGAAUUAUAAUAGUAAUACAGGACAUGCAACUUUUAUUGGAAAGGAGACAGGAAAGGUGUUGUCCUUUGAAUUAAGAAGUAAGACUUGUAAGAUUUGUGAAUUCCAUCUUAAUAGAAAAGAGACUGUUCCGGAGCAUGAGUGUCAGUUGAAUUGGCAUGGCUCUAGUAAAUCCAUGGAGGCAGAUAUGGCGGUGUCUAUGGCCCACAGAUUAAAAGAUGAUGAAUGUGAAAUUAAUGGUAUGUUUCAUAUUCAAAAUAAAGAAUUUUGAAAUACAAUUUCAUGUAAUGAGUUCCCCAAAAUGCAUUGAAAAUAUCAUAUAAAGGGAAAUAACUCUUAUUUCAACAAUACUUUCAAAUUUGAAAGGUGAAU